CAAAUGUCAAUGCGUUAAUGUCAUUUAAAACGCGCUCUUCGGUGUUUAGCGAAAUUAUUUGUUUAUUUGGUUAUUAUCUAUAAAAUAUUGCAUGAAACUUAAUAAUUCACCACAUAAACUUAUUAAUCGUCUAACUAUAUCCGACAUUCAAUAUGGGAGACGAGGAUGUUAUUCGUAGAAGACUCUUAAUAGACGGAGAUGGAACAGGAGACGAUAGAAGACUGAACGUGCUGUUAAAAACAUUGAUAAAAUGGUGUAACAGCACUGAUGACAAACCUGAAGAAAGCAAAGCAACACACGACCGAAUGCUAGCCCAGUUAGCGCAAUGUGAAUUUGCAGUAACAAAAUCACAACUAGGCUCAGAAAUGAUGUCGGCCGAGUUACAAAGCUACGAAGCAAUGUCGAAAGUUCUAGAGAAGUCAAUAGAAGUAGCCAAAAGUCACAUAGAAAAGAGUAAAGCUGACCUGGCUCAAGCAAAGACAGUUCGCAAAAAUCGCAUAGAGUAUGACGUGCUGGCAAAGGUUAUCAGCGAACAGCCAGACAGGAAGGAGACUUUAGAGCGCCUCGGCACUUUGAAAACAGAACUGGCCAAUUUGGAGUCCACAAAACAGCAGUUGGAAAGCCGUUUAGCUUUAAGAAAAAAACAGUUUCAUGUCUUGGUUACUUCUAUACAUCAACUGCAAGCAUUGCUGGAUGAACCUGAUGAUACAGAGUCUGUGUCUGAUGACAUUGAAAUGAAGGACAUUUUGAAUGAACCCUAGUGUUAGUUUUUAAGUGUAGUCUAACUCUACUAUCUUGAACGAAACAGAUUUAUAUCUAUAAAAAUCCCUGAAUUAUGCAUUGUCAUCAAAAAUUCACUGCUGCAUUAGAAUCACGGGCCUCCUUUACAUAAACCAUUAUCUCCUUGCUUUGCAGGCAGUUUGGAGAUCAUGGG